AUGACAAAAACAGGAGAAAUCAGUCGAAGGCGCCCCUUAUGUGCAGUGGAAGGCGACAUCCCUGAGGUGAAGUGUGUCAAGCGUAGACGAAGAAAUAUGGCCGCUUCCACUGCUCCUGGCUGUGCUAUUCAACAUAUACAUGUUGAUCCCAUUUGUUCUCCAACAACUGUGAAAAGAAGUUCAAAAUUUCGAGGUGUCAGCAGGCAUCGAUGGACGGGGCGAUAUGAAGCGCACUUGUGGGAUAAAAUGUCAUGGAAUGUGUCUCGGAAGAAAAAGGGAAAACAAGGGGCUUAUAAUGACGAUGAAGAUGCAGCAAGAGCAUAUGAUUUAGCUGCACUCAAGUAUUGGGGGACAUCAACCUUUACAAAUUUUCCGGUCUCUGAUUACGAGAAAGAACUUGAAUAUAUGCAGACUGUCACGAAAGAAGAGUACCUAGCGUCACUCAGGAGAAAGAGUAGUGGUUUUUCAAGAGGAGUUUCCAAGUACAGAGGAGUUGCUAGACACCAUAACAGUGGAAGAUGGGAAGCAAGGAUAGGGAGAGUUUUUGGAAAUAAAUACCUCUACCUUGGCACUUACAGUACCCAAGAAGAGGCUGCUCGAGCCUAUGACAUUGCAGCAAUUGAAUACAGAGGGAUCAAUGCUGUCACAAACUUUGAUCUGAGUGCCUACAUCAGCUGGUUGAAGCCAGAAACAAACACUUGGGUUCCUGCUCAGGAUACUAAGCCAAACACGGAGUCUCAGCCACUUUUUUCAACUGUUCAAUCACAAACAAAAGCUGUGAGUCUCAAUGACAUGGGCAAACAAGAAAUGUUAGGAAGAAAAAUCCCAGUUACCUCAUCCUCGAAGCCGACAGCACUUGGCCUACUCCUUCGGUCUUCAGUAUUUAGAGAACUUGUUGAGAAGAAUGCACAUGUAUCAGAGGAAGAAAGUGAUGGUGAAAACACAAAGGAUUUGUCCCUCGUGAGUAGCGACGAUGAAUAUGGAGGGAUCCUUUACCAUGUCCCCUGCAUCGAGUUGCAACGUAACCUCCAUUUCAACUAUGAUAGUACAAACAUAUUUGGGAAUAGCAUCAUAAACACGGAGACUAUCUUCUAA